UGGAUCCUGGAGCAUCCCUGGAUCCUGGCUCCAGGGGUGAAAAAGCUGGGAUCAGGGAGAUUCCCACCUUCCUGGAUGUUUGGGAUGAGCUGGGAAGGAGCCACUGGGAGCAGGAACAUUCCCACUUUCCUGGAUGUUUGGGAUGAGCUGGGAAGAGAAGAUGGAUCCCGGAGCAUCCCUGGAUCCCUGGCUCCAGGGGUGUAAACACUGGGAAGAGGGACAUUCCCACCUUCCCGGAUGUUUGGGAUGGGAUGGGAAGGGGCCACUGGGAGCAGGAACAUUCCCACUUUCCUGGAUGUUUGGGAUGAGAUGGGAAGAGAAGAUGGAUCCCAGGCCAUCCCUGGAUCCUGGCUCCAGGGGUGUAAACACUGGGAAGAGGGAUCCUGGAGCAUCCCUGGAUCCUGGCUCCGGGAGUGUAAACACUGGGAUCAGGGACAUUCCCACCUUCCCGGAUAUUUGGGAUGGGAUGGGAAGGGGCCACUGGGAGCAGGGACAUUCCCAAUUCCUGGAUGUUUGGGAUGAGCUGGGAAUGAGCCACUGGAAGCAGGAACAUUCCCAAUUCCUGGAUAUUUGGGAUGGGAUGGGAAGGAGCCACUGGAAGCUGAAACAUUCCCACCUUCCUGGAUGUUUGGGAUGGGAUGGGAAGGGGCCACUGGGAGCAGGAACAUUCCCACCUUCCUGGAUAUUUGGGAUGAGCUGGGAAGGAGCCACUGGGAUCAGGGAAAUUCCCACCUUCCCAAAUAUUUGGGAUGAGCUGGGAAGGAACCACUGGAAGCAGGGAGAUUCCCAAUUCCUGGAUGUUUGGGAUGGGAAUGCUGAGGAUGCUCCAGGUGGGGUUGGUGCAAACCCUGGGAAGAGGGAAAUUCCCAAUUCCUGGAUGUUUGGGAUGGGAUGGGAAGUAAACCCUGGGAUCAGGGACAUUCCCACCUUCCCGGAUAUUUGGGAUGAGCUGGGAAGAGAAGAGGGAUCCUGGAGCAUCCCUGGAUCCUGGCUCCAGGGGUGUAAACACUGGGAAGAGGGACAUUCCCAAUUCCUGGAUAUUUGGGAUGUACUGGGAAGGAGCCACUGGGAUCAGGGACAUUCCCACCUUCCUGGAUGUUUGGGAUGGGAUGGGAAGGAGCCACUGGGAUCAGGGACAUUCCCAAUUCCUGGAUGUUUGGGAUGGGAUGGGAAGGGGCCACUGGAAGCCGGAACAUUCCCAAUUCCUGGAUAUUUGGGAUGGGAUGGGAAGGAGCCACUGGAAGCCGGAACAUUCCCACCUUCCCGGCCGUGUCAUUCCCAACCAUAACCUGGAAUAUUCCCCUUCCUGGAUCCAGCGGGACGAGGAAUCCCCGGGAUCCCAUUCCCGGGUUAUCCCAUCCCUUGGGAGCGACACAACCCCCCCCGGGAAUGUUCAUUAUCCCGGGAAAAGCUGCUCCGGGAGCGUCGUUCCCGCUUUUCCCGAGCCGGGAUCGGGCUCCCGUCCCUCUUGGAAUGUGGAUUUCCCGCCGAUAUUCGGGAAUUUUUUCCCUCCUGGGCUGCUUUUUCCCCUCAAAAUCAUGGAUUAAUCCCGGAUUUUUUGGGGGAAUGGGAUCCUUUCACUCUUCCCUUGUUUUCUGGGAAGGAGGAAUAACUGGGAAGAGCUUUUUCCCUCCUCUAGUUCAGGAAUAUCCCGAGGGAAUUGUCGCUUCCCAAAGGUUCAGAUCGACACAAAUCCUGUUUUUCCUCUCAAAAUCAUGGAUUAAUCCCGGAUUUUUUGGGGGAAUGGGAUCCUUUCGCUCUUCCUUCUUUUUCUGGGAAGGAGGAAUAACUGGGAAGAGCUUUUUCCCUCCUCUAGUUCGGGAAUAUCCCGAGGGAAUUGUCGCUUCCCAGAUUUUAACAUCGACACGAAUCCCGUUUUCCCUUGGAAUUAACUCCCGUUUUCCCUCUCCCAGCUGGAUAAAAACACGGAUUGGGAUCCGCCAGGGCUUGGAAUUCCGGCCGGUGACCCCGCUGGGAUCUCCUUCCCGCCCAAUUCCCUGGAAAACUUCCCCCCCUUCGUCCUUAAUUCCGGCUCCGGAAUUCCCUUUUCCGUUCCCCGUUUUCCCCCGGAGGAAGGCGGAUUAUCCCGUUUUCCAGGUGCUGCAAUUCCCGGAAUCCCGAGAUUUCCCGGCCUUGGGAAUGGUUUGGAGGCUUCUCCCGUUCCCGCUGCUUCUCCUGGGAAUUUGGGGGGGGGGGUUUUCCUGGGAAUUUGGGGGGUUUUUCCUGCCUUUUUCCCGGAUCCGGGCGGACGUUUGGAGCUGAUCCCGCACUUUUCGCUUCCCGGGAUUCCCGAGGGUGGGGGUGGAUUUUCCUCCAUUAAAUCCCGCUGGGAAUAACGGGAGAGCCC